CAUCAACCACUGAGGCAUAUACUUGUUGUCACGGGUCACAUGCAUGAAGAAAAAAUCUCUCUCUCUCUCUCUCUAUCUAUCUAUCUCUCUCUCUCUUCUCUCUAUAAUAGCUAGGUAUCUCCUUGCUGCAGUGCUCCUUACUCCAGCAAGUAAUCUCUCCAAGAGCUGCCAUGGCUAAUCCAAGCAAAGAUCAUUUGAUCUUCCCCUUCCAAAGGAGCCUAAUCCCAGCUGAUCAAUCAGCCUCUCCCUAUAAUUCCCUUCCUAAGAAAGAGGAAACCAUCCCUCUUCUUAGUCUCCUCCCUUCAACCCAUGAUCACAACAAGAUCCAUGGGUGUGGCCAUGGUUAUAAGCAAGAGAAGGAAGAGGAGGUCAUGGAGGAUGUGGACAUCUCACUCCAAAUUGGCCUGCCUUCUCCGACCUCUACCGGCUCGCUUGAUCUUUCAAAGAACCAUCUCCAUGCUCUCGGCGCAGCCACGACGACAUCACAAGAGCUUGAUGGUGAUGGCGAUCACAAGGUAGGAGCAGUGGAGGAUGGAGAGGAAGAAGAAGAAGCUAGUGAUGACCUCUGCCUGGACUACUUCUCCAUUGGGAAGCUCACCAAGGGCAAGUAUUGGAUCCCUACCCCAACCCAAAUCCUCAUCGGGCCGACACACUUCGUCUGCCCUGUUUGCUGCAAGACCUUCAGCAGAUACAACAACCUUCAGAUGCACAUGUGGGGGCAUGGGUCGCAGUACAGGAGGGGGCCGGAGUCGCUGCGGGGGACGCAGCCGGCGGGGAUGCUGCGGCUGGCGUGCUUCUGCUGCGCGGCGGGGUGCCGGAACAACGUGGACCACCCGCGGGCGCGCCCCCUCAAGGACUUCCGCACGCUGCAGACGCACUACAAGCGCAAGCACUGCGCCAAGCCCUUCCUCUGCCGCAAGUGCGGCAAGGCCCUCGCCGUCCGCGGCGACUGGCGCACCCACGAGAAGAACUGCGGCCGCCGCUGGCACUGCUCCUGCGGCUCCGACUUCAAGCACAAGCGCUCCCUCAAGGACCACAUCCGCGCCUUCGGCCGCCACCACCUCGACUCCUCCUCCUCCUCCUCCAUUCCCCCUCCCCCUCCCCCUCCCCCUCCUACCUGAUUCUAUCUAUCUCAUGUUAGUUAAUUAAUUUCACCUGCCUGCCUGCACGCUCCACAUAUAUUCAUUCCAUCUACUGCUUCAUUAAUUCGUUUCUUGGAGAUCCAUCCACCACUGCAUGCAUCUGUACCUCUACCUCAUUGUAUAUAAUCCCAUGCUUGCAUGCAUGCUUAUAUAUUUGUGCUCGUCGUAGCUUCUUUAAACACUUAGUUGCUAUAUAUUCAUCUUGUUUCUUCAUACUUAGUGUGUUAACACCGUACGAUUACUUUUUAUUUCGUGCAUA